AUGUCAAAAUGUAGAACAAAAAAAGAUUUAUGGACUGUACCCAAUUGUAUUCAAUUAAUUUCAACUAUGAAAAAAACUGAAAAAAUCAAUAUAACAUUAAAUGGAUUAUGCUUUCAAUGUGAUACAAUAACUAUAAACAAUAAUUUAUCUUUUAAUGAAAAUUCUAUACAACUUCAUAAACCAAUAUUUAAUAAAUCAAAUGAUUAUAAUCAUCAUUAUAUAAUUUAUUUAAAUAGUUACCAUGUCAAUACUUAUUUAACAUUAAAUAUUAAUUCUAUGAAUUCAAAUCAAUUAUUACAUUAUGCAUUAGUUAAUUAUAAUAAAUAUUUAUCAAUGAAAUGUUUUAAACAAUCACCAACAUUAUUAUUAUUUAUAUUCAAUGUACAAAUAUGUAAUUUAAAUUAUAUAGAACGUGUUGAAUUAAAUAAUAUUAUAAAACUAUUUAUGAACUUAAUAAAUAUUACCUAUUUUAAUCAUUCAUUAAUUAGAUCUAAUAAUGAUAAUGAUAAUUAUAAUAACAAUAUUAAUUUAAUUUUGGAAUCACCAAUAAUUUAUGAAAGGAAACUAUCCAUAUUGGCUAGCGCUAAAGCUCAUAAUUAUAUCAGAAAUUCUAAAUCAAAUUUUUCACAAUUAAUCAGUAUACAACAUAUUGGAUGCGGUAUUAUACCUGAUUAUAUAUUGAAAAUGUUAACUGUAAUAGAGAAGAAAUUUCAAAUGGGAUUGAUACCAAUUUGGACACUAUUAGAUAAUACUAAUUUUACUCGUUUUGAGAAGUUUAAAAAUAUCACGUUGGCUGAAUGGAUUGUUGGUGAUCUAAUUCAUAAUUCUUUGGAUGAUGUAACGCAGACGAAACAAGAAAAUGUAAAACGAUCUCUUAAUAAACGAUCUGCAGUAUCUUCACGUGAAGCUGGAUAUUUAGAAGAAGGUUCAGGAAUGGCUUCAUUUCAACAAUUUCCAAAAAUGGAUUAUCGUUCAUUUUUAGAGCAUUCCAGUUCUGAUCUAAUUCAUUCGAAUAUACCAAGAGUUAAAAAUUAUAUAACACCAAUAAAAACAACAGUAUAUCAAAUAUCUAAUGUCCAAAUACCACAGAAUACAUUCUAUGAUCUUCAAGAUGGUUAUACACAAAAUCUCAAACUUACAUUGUAUGCAUCAAAUCGCGAGAAUAUUUCAUAUAUUGAACUUAAGUCUAUGGAAAACUUGAAUCAGGCUAUCGGUGAAGAGAUUACACGUGAUAUAAAAAAGUGGGUAUCGUUUGAUACAAAAAAUCAAAUUAUACGACUUAAACCAUUACCAGACCAUGUUGGAAAUCAUACAUUUAUUGUAUGUGCAACAGAUAGGGAUCAGAAUAGAGCUUGUGAACCGUUUCAGAUAAUUGUGAAGCGUCCAUCGCCUUUCAGAAAGAAUUUUAUUUUACGUAUACCUCCAGGUGUAUUUUGGUGUUACCAGAUACCUAUUUAUUGGUUCAAAGAACUUAAAACUCUUUCAUUUGACAAAUUAGAUUUAGAAGUGAAAGGUGAUUCACCAUUUUCAUGGAAUGUACAAACUGGAGAAGUAUGCGUAAUAAGCAAUUUGAAAAUAUCACAAAUUAUAACACUCUUUUUUCAUGCAACAAAUGCAAAACUUGCUCAAAGUGUAGAAAUUGAAUUUCGUUUAUCGUCUAAAGUUCCAUCAGUUCAACUUUUGGUAGCCAAUUCUAAAUUACGAAUAAAAUUUCAAUGGCCAGAGAAAUUAACAAAUUAUGAAUUAAAUACAUUAAGCAAGAUUAAUUUGACUCUUGCAGAAAUAUUACAAAAUCGAAUUAAUCCUGAAGUUAGUUCAGAGAAAUUAUAUGUAUAUGAGAUCGUACAAUUUAGAAUUCCACAAAAUGAAUCUGAUAUAGCAUCGUUUGAAUUGGAUUGGAUAUUUCUACCAUUGGGUUUACCAAAUGACGGUGAAGAAAUAUUUCUUUUAUCUAAUGAUUCUGCUAUAACUAACAUCAAUUCAUUUCAAAUGAUGCAAAACACAAAUCUACAUAACGUUAAUCAACCAAUAAACCUUUAUGUACAAUCAAAUAAUAUACCGAAACUUUCUAAAUUAUUAACCGAUUGUCAAUUAUCUAAUUUGGAUAAAGCUGAAAUUACUUUACAAAAUAAUAAAAAUUUAUUUAUUCCCUUCAUAUUAGAGUCUGUAAAGUUGUUAAAUUUAGAAAAUUCAGCUUGUUUUCUGGCUAAAAAAAUAACAAAACAAUUAGAAGAACAAGCAUAUUCAGCUUCUCAACGAUCAAGCGAAAAUGAGACAAAUUUAAGUAGAUGGUCAGACAGUCAUUUGUAUAUGCCAGCAAAUGUUCAGUUUAUGCCCAAUGUGAUACCAAACUUCACUGUUAUUGCAGGUUUACGAUUCAAAAAAUCUAUUAAUCCAGAUAAUGUUACUCCAUCUAAAAGAAUUCAAUAUAUGGAAUUAAGAGAUGCAUAUGGACUCAUUCUUGAUGAUUCUAGUUGGAUGAGUUUAACAUUAGACAAUUCACACUUAAUCGGUUUACCUCUUAAUGAACAUAUACGAAAACAAUCAUAUUUAUUUAGACUUUAUAUUCAUUCCGUUGAUCAAAAGACACCUAUUACAAUUGGCUUUACAGUAGAAGUACAAGAUUGGUUUGAUACUAUGAGAAAAGAUAAAUCCUUUCAAUUAAAUCAUCGUGUUCGUUUACGUAUCUUACCAUCAAUUCAAACAUCAACCAGUCAAUCAACUGAAAUAUGGCCAGUUAAACCAUCAAAUUCAUUAAAUUAUAGAUGGAAACUUUCAAAUGCAAUUGAUAAAUUUCUUCAUCCAAAUUGUUCACCACCUUGUAAUCCAGACGUUGGUAUCUGGCAGAUAACACAACAAAAUGUAAACAGUCUAUCGGUCACAUGGGCUCAACUUUCAUUGCUUCAAGAACAAGGAAAAUCACAAACUGAUGUACCAGAUGAAAAUAUGUCUAACUGUCCAUGGGAAAAAUUUGAUCAUUUACAAAAUUUACUUAUUUUUGCACCAACUUUAGUUUCAGCUCAGAAAAAUCUAGGUCUUGUUACUGGUCUUGCUAACGAUGGUCAACUUUAUCUAUCCCCUUGGUCAGCACCUUCGAAUCAUUUUAGAGCACACAUCGAAUCAUCUGAACUUGGAAUAGUUGAAGCGGCUGUAGUUGAUCGUAUGGGAAGUUGUGCACGUCAUACUAAUAAGUUCGAAGGUCACGAACUGACGGGACAAUCAAUUCAAAACAGAUUCUCUUCAUUCUCAAGUUUAGAUAAUGACAUGAUUAUGAAUUUCACAGUAUUUACGGGUGAAGGUUUUCGACGUAAAAUAGUAAAUGACGAUACAUUGGCAACAAUGUCUCGAGGCAAUGUUCAUUUAUAUGAUAUAGGUGGCAGACAAGUAGGUUCAUCACAUUGGAUUGGUUUAGAGAAAGAUAAAUCAACAAUAUUUGGUAUCAUUAUUGGUAAUUCUGUUCAACCAUCAAGUCAUAAAUUUCAUAUAACGGAUAAUCCAGAAAAGAAUGUGGGCGUUCAAUUUUCAAUCUAUGUGGCUGGAUCCAAUCCACAACUGCCAACAAAUUUCAAUCAUCGUGUAGUAAUGCAUUUUAGCGCAGAUCAUGGUCGACCAUGGACAGGAGGACAUAGUCUAGUAGAUAGAUGGCUACUAAUUUCAGCUUUGGAUGACUACCUUAGACCUCAUUGUAUGGGAAGCAUGAUAUGUAGAAAUGAUAUGGAUAUUAUUUUACUUACACUUAACUACCAAGCAUCUGGAUUUUCUGUUAUAUGGGCUCAAAAAUCUAUUUUAAUUCUUACUGAAAAUAUUAAUUUUAACAAAACAACAGAAUUAUUGGAUUCUUAUACUCAACAAGAAUAUUGGAAUCAGUGGUCUAAAAAUAUACAUCAUACAGUUAAACGUAAUAUAGAUAUUAAUCGAAUUUCUUUACAAUUAAAUAAACAAUCAAAAUGUAAUAAUCAUUAUGAUAAUUGUCAAUCUUCAUUAUCAACUAUUCAUUUUACUAAACCUAUUCAUGAACAAUAUAAAAAUGUCUAUAGAAAUAAACGUAAUUUAUUUACUACAAUAAAUUGUCCUGAAAAAGAAAUAAUAAAAUUAGAAAAUCGUCUUUUAUCAGAAAUAAGAAAAGAUUUACAACAACCAUCAAUAGAUUUUAUAAAACAUUUAAAAGAAGCUGGUGUAGGUCAAUUAGAUGAAAUACAAAUUGAACGACUUGGUCCUUGUAUUCAAGCACAACAAGCUCCACCAAUUUUCAUACCUGGACCUGGAUUUGAAGAUAAUCAUGAAAUGUUUAUUUCAAAUUAUGAAAAUAGGAGAGAAUAUAAAGAUUUAGUUGAUGUUGGUUCAUCUGUAUCAUCAUCAUCUUCAUCACUAUCAUCGUUAUCAACUUCAUCUAUACCGGAUGAAAUGAAUGGAUCAAGAAUAAUUCUACUUGGGACUCUUUUACCAGUUUGUAUAUCACUUAUUAUACUAUUAUUAGGUAUAUUAGCAUUUGUAUGGUAUCGUAAAAAUGGUAGAUCAUGUACAGAUGGAUUAACAUCGCAUACGUCCAUUGUUAACAGUGGACAUAGUGUUGUAAAUCUAGAAACUGAAAAAAUGUUAACAACAAUAACUAGUCCAAAAAAGUUGACUAGUAAUGGUCGUCAGUCAAAAAAUACAAAACCAGACAAUAUGAACAGUGGAAACACUUCAACUGGAUCUGAUAGAACAUGUUUAUCCCCUACAAAACCAAUGAUAUUAAUUAACGAACGACCACCGUUUACACCACCGGACUAUAAUCCAGGAUUUACCGACUCCACGGAUAGACUACCUAUGACACAUUUAUCUCAAUCACAAAUUCCAUUACAAAGUACUAAUGAAACAAUAAUUACUGGAAUGAUGGAUAAUAGACAAAAUCAGACAAAAACAAGUUUUACUUUACGACCUAAUCCAUAUAGAAAUUUACCUCCAGCAAUUGAAACAAAACCAGGAAUGCCUCCUCCUGCCUCACAAAUUCCCUAUGCACCAUUUCGUAAAAUUAUGACAUUCCCUAAUUCAUCAACAGAUCACAAACAAUAGAUAGCUAUCUAACUAUCUAUCAAAUAAGUGAAAAAUUUAUAUCCAUCACAAUGUGAAAAUGUAUCAUACAUGUAUUAUUAUUUUAAAAGAGAACAUUUUUCAUCUUAUCUAUUUUAUUUUGUCUUUUUGGGUUUCUAUUCAUUUAAUCCAGUCCGCUUUAUUGUUAUUUUUAUGUAACUGACAUUUUUUUUCUUAUACUUGAUCACGUACAUACGCAUACAUAAUUGACAUCUUACUUUCAGUAUGAAUGUAUCUCAUAAUGACUAUUCGGACAAGUAAAAUAAUGUUAAUAAACUAGCCCAUUUUGUUUCUUUUUCUGCUUCACGACUCAUAAACGCUUUUGUUUAUGUAAUUUUUUAAAAAAAAUAAAAGAUGAAUUCGUGUGUAGUGGUUAACUUUGAUGUAAAAGUAUUUUUUACUAUUAUCAUUGUUUGUUCUGCUUGUUGAUAAAUUACUUGGAUCAUUGUUUAAUAACUGUGUGUUAGUAAUUUUUAUGCGUAUGACCACAAUCAUGUAUAUUAAAUGUAUAAUUUAUUUUGCUUAGGUAUUUUAUUAACUCAUUUGUUUAAUGGAAAGAAAAAAAUUAUAAAGUUUAAUCAUUUAUUUAUUUGUUUGUCUAAGACGAAUAUCGACAUUGUGAACAACAGUCCUUUAAAUAAUCAUCCUCUUGUAUUCUUCGGCUUCCUUAAUGUUGAAUUUUUUAAAAUUUAAAAUGUAUUAAUUUAAAACAAUUUUCUUGUAUAAAUUUCUGUCUGAUGGAUAAAUAUAAAACAAAACAAUCAUUAAGAUGAUCUAAUUCAGAUUAUGAUAUAAUGUAAUAUUGAUAUGAUCAAUCGAUUCACAGUAAAGUACUACCAUCAUUCGGUAUAAGAUCAGCUGAAUAUGAUCUUAAAUCUUAAUUCCAUUUAUCAUUGUCAUCAUUAAACUUGUAUGAAAUUAUUUUAAAAGAAACUCGUUAUUUUUAGCUUAUUUUCAUUAAAUGUUCAUAAAAUAAACAGAGAAUGCUUAAAAAGUUUAAUAUUUAAGUCGGGAGUUUUUAUUUUCCUGCUCGUUAUUGAUUUUAGCCUCAAGUUUAUUUAUUUUUACUCUCAUUGUUAUUGAGUUGUUGUUCAUUCUUUUAUUUUAUUUAUGUGUUCUUCUCUUUUUCUUUUUUUCUACUUUCUCUAAAUUUUCCAUAUUCACUUUUAAUUUAAAUAAUAAUAAUCAAAUAAUGG